GAAAAACUCAUCGUCCAACCCGUCCAUCCACCAUAAAAUCAUAAAAUGUCAGACCACACAUACAAAUUCAACAUCUCCAUGAGCUGCAGCGGCUGCUCCGGCGCCGUCGAGCGAGUCCUAAAGAAGCUUGAUGGUGUCAAAUCCUUCGACGUAAGCCUUGAAUCCCAGACCGCUAGCGUCGUUACCGAUCCCUCUGUUUCGUACGAGACCGUCCUCGAGAAGAUCAAGAAAACUGGCAAGACGGUGAAUAGUGGGGACGCAAAUGGGACACCUCAGUCGGUUUAAAAAAAGAAAAGAAAAGAAAAGAAAAAGGUGGCAUGAUUAAUGACUGAAUAAAUAAUCUUUGCUUCUCUGGACAUUCCCGAGAAGGAGGAGGGAGGGGGGGGAGAGAGGGUCUCCUGAAAGGACGACUUUUGUCUGGCUGGGAAUGUAUAUACCCCGAUUAGCUUACUGUUGUUGGGUGGGAAUUUCAUCAGAGCGUGUUUAUCAUCCAUCCAUGCGCUAGAUUCUAGACAAUGGGAAACCACUACACUCUAGGAGUUUUUGUGGUAGAGUAGAGUUGACUUUGCGUCUUUAAACUAGACUGUAAUAAUCAUGACCGUGUUGGGUAUCAUCCUAUAUACACAUAAAAAUGCACAUUAAAAAACCUUCGGUGGAUCUAAAACGCGUCUUUUACCGAG